AUGACUGAAGUUGAGGCAUCGCCAUGGCAUGGAAAUCAAAAGCCAGUCUCCGAGAAACAGAGAGAAGGUGACAGCAAUGGGAAGAGCACCGACAGCGGCAUAGAUACCGACUCGGACCAAACCAACACCGACACGGACGAGAUCCCUUCCCUCGAAACCUUCAUCGAAUACACCGCCAUAGAAGCCUACAACCACGCGCGAGACGCCGCCUCGAACUCCGACAACACAACCACCGCCGAUUCCAGACCCAUCGCCGAACUCGACCCCAGCAGCCCCUGGGGCACGCCAAACUUCCAGCCGAAAGGGCCCAGCUGGGCCGCCGUCGUCGCCAGGAUUGUCUACGUUCUGCUCUCGCCAUGCGAGUGGUGCAGGCUCUUCGAGCACCGAUGGAGGCUGAAUGAGUUCUUCUACAUGUUUUGA